GUCUUCAUCGAACAGUGUUUCGUAUAGGACAUGAAAUAUUUGUGACGCAUAUGUGUCAAAUUGUAUGCCGAGAGACUUCUAAAAAAAAUUCACAAGAUUUUUACCUCGCAUAUUUGAUUUCUAUCUACUAAAAAACGCAAUUGAAGCUUCCGCAGUAAUAUGCAGUCACACGGAUGUCCAGAAAAUGGGCCUAUAUUUGAGAAUGCACCGGUUUCAUUUGCUCUACUUACAUCAUUGGGCGUGCUCCGGACAGCGUGCUGGCUUCCUAUUGACGUGGAACUUCUAGAAUAUAAUGUAGAUACAAUUCUCAGCGGAGGUCAGUUGUGGAGAAUUUUGACUUCGAAGUUAUGCUUCCUCGAAAAUCGAGAUCUCUUUAGUUGUGCGAUACUCAUAUUCUAUUUCCGCGGCGUGGAGAGACGGCUAGGAACAGGACGGUUUACGAGUUUGCUUUUGGGUCAUCUGAUUCUCACGUGCGCCGUCGAAUGGAGCAUGAUGAGUCUUCUUUCAUUUUGGUUGCCCGACUAUUUACCUAGUGUUGUGCCUUCAGGACCUUUUUUCGCAGUUUACCCUCUUUUGCAGUGGUUUAUCGCAGAAUUUCCCCCAGUGUCAAGAUCUUCAUCACAGCAUCCGACCGCGGCAGCUUCCUCAGAUUCUCCACUGGUUACCCCACUUCUGGUGAUCACAAUUGUUGCGAUCGACCUUGUGUUCGCUCCCCCGAGGGCCUAUUUCGCCGUCGGAUGCGCGAUGUUCGCAGGGGCACUUUUUAGGGAAAACUUCCUAUGUCUAAGAAGUUUAAUUCGUUUGCCGCGACGCCUGUUCCCAUGGCGGCCAUGUGAAGUAUCCACGAGAAAAGUUGGUGCCACUUUAGAAGUACAGCGCACCAUGCAUGCAGAGUUCCUAGACCAACAGAUGAUUUACAAUUCGGCAAUUUUCGCCCAGCAGCAUCAUAUUAGACAGGGGCUGGCAAGCGGCGCCACUCAGCGAAACAUAAUCAUGCCACCUGAAGAACUGGUAACUCAAUUGACGGAAAUGGGCUUCGCUCGGGAGAAUGCAGUAGAAGCGCUGCAGACAACAAACAACAACCUUCAAAUGGCGACGAACAUACUUCUCAGUCAAUAAUUGUUAAAAUUUGUAAUUAUUGUUCGUGUAGUGUUAGAAGCUUGUUUUAUGAAACGGGAAUACUGCUCAUAAAACCGAAUUUUUUCGUUUUACUUGCAAAUGUUGUCAAAAAUAAUAUUACAGUAAACGUGCUAAAUUUGCUGAUUAAUUGCAGCAUUCUAUGCUGCGUGCUAUAGAGACACAAUUUGAACUAAGUGAAGAUGUCGUGAAGCAAGCAGAGGUUUAAGGCAGUAUGGGACGUUAUAGUUUUGUAAGUAGCAGGCCUACUUUGUUUAAAUUUAUUUGUAGAAAUAUUUAGGUUUGUCCAUUUAUGGGUCCUCCUUUAUAAGUUGAAUUUAUGGCAUAUUCAAGCGCAAUGUAAUAUAUAUAGUACAUGUUAUUUAUAGAAAGAUGUGAAGAGUAUGGCAUUAACAUGUUGGCUAAAUAUGAUAAAAAAAAAUAAAUGAAUUCUAA